AUGAAGGGGUUCAGCAUCAGCAAUUUGUUCGCCCCCGGUAUGGGGGGCGGCCCAGUUGGGGAAAGCGGCCAAAAUGGGGAAAGCGGCCAAAAUGGGGAGAGUGGCCAAAAUGGGGAGAGCGGUCCAAAUGAGGAGAGCGGCCCAAAUGGGGAAAGUAACCAAGCCGCAGAAUGUAAUAAAGCCAAGGAAAGUAGCAAAUCCCCGGAAAGUAACGAAGCCGGGGAAGGCCUCCAAAGUGGGGAAGACCGCCAAACGGAGGAACCCCGUCCAACGCAGGGAGGUGGCCCCCCCGCCGCGGAGGAGAAAAAACCCAAACAAAUCGGAGACAUCGACAAAAUCGCGUUUUACGAAGCAGUGCUAAAACAACUGAGGGACGAUGACCUAACCGAUUCGUUCGAAACCUUGAGGAAGGAAGUAAAUUUGGAGGAAAGCAAAACGGUGAAGGAGAAUUACCUCUUCAAGCUAUACACAAAGAGCUUGUACCAGGCACCUCCUGAGUUCGAAAGGGACAUGCAGGAAGGGGAUGGACAAAAAGACGACCAACGGAAUGACCCAAUUACAAAGUUGAAGACAUACGGGAUAUUCAUAAAAAAUGCACAGCUCCGUAGUAACAAUGAGACUGUCCUAAAUUUAGAUUCAUUAAAAAAGGAAAAGGGAAGAAGGAUCGUAUACUCCUAUGACAUCAGCGAGCAGGUAGAAUUAAUUCACCAACAUAAAGUGACCUGCUGCACGACGAACAGCACAAGAAAUGUUCUCUGCUCAGGUGGAGCGGAUCACGUGAUUAAAAUUUGUAAAAUAUAUGACAAUGUGAAGAAGACAAAGGUACACACCAUUGACAAUAAACAUAUGGGGAGAAUUAACUGCCUGAAAUUCCACCCCGUAAAAAAUCUCCUAUUCUCAGCCAGCGAUGAUUGUACCGUUCAAAUUAUCGAUGUGAGUAAAAUAUUCAAAAAGAAGAAGCAACAAUUUAGGCACCGAAGAAACGUAAGGGAAAAAAUAGAUGACCUCUCCGGUCAAAAUGUAGUCAUACAAGAUAAGAACCCAUUCGUACAUCUGUAUGUCCAUCCCUGUGGAGAUUUUUUAUAUGCCUGUAAUAGAAAUGAAAAUGUUGUUAAACUGUUCGAUUUGGAGACCCUAUCGUGUUUCACUUCGUAUGAAAGACAGGAGAAACAUCAUAGUGGCACCGUAAACUGCAUAAGUGGGACGUCAGAUGGAACUCUCUACGCCUCUGUGUCUCAAGAUGGACAUAUAAAAAUAUGGGACGGACAUGAGUCCAAAUUGGUACACACACAAUUUAAUGCUCAUAAUGGAUAUUCUGUAGAAUCUGCUAUUUUUAGUAAAAGUAAUUACUACGUCCUUACUUCUGGACUUGAUGGGCAGACAAAAAUUUGGGACAUUCGAAAUUUUCACACCCCGUUCACCUUCGGGAAUGGGUUCCUAUCAUGCACUUCCAAUAAAAGCAUCUUCAUGAAUGACGAGCAUUUUAUCGCCAAUGUCAUUCAAACCAAUGACCACUUCACGUCCAAGUUUUACAUUUAUAACUCCUACUUUGGCAACCUCGAAUGCAAUGUGCAGAAUAUACACAACGACCAGAUUUCCGACAUCGUCAACGCCAGGGACGGACUGAAUGUCCACACGGCGGGCCACGACUACGUCUGCAAGACGGUGAAGAUUGACCAGCGCCCCGCGCCCGACGGGGGGUGA